AUGAAAAAUUUGGCUAUCAAUCAGCUUAUUGAAAUCCUUUCAUUUCUGAGCACUACUGAAAUCUACUGGAUUUUUGCCAGAAUCAAUAAAUCUUGCCGAAAAUCUGCAUAUUCUGUUCACGUAAUUCAAAAUAUCCUUAAAAACGAGCUUGGGCUCCCUUUCAUUCAGAACAAAGAUUUGAAAUCGCUGAUUGAAAUUUUAAAAUUUAAUACAUGUACAGCCCAAAAAUCUCGAAAAUCAAAGAGAUUGACCUUCUUUGGCUAUGCGACUAACGGAGGGGUUUUGCUCAAUACAUCUCAGUAUUGGAUCGGAAACUUGUUUCUCGAAGCCAAAGAAUGUGGAGCGAUGUAUAGUUCAAUUAAAGAUAAAAACAUAACAUGUGCAGCAGUAGUUGGGCAGGAUGUAAAUUAUGAAUUUAAAGGACUUAAUGAUUUAAUAACUGACCAUGAUGACCCAAAUACAGUUGAAUCGUAUAUUGAUCAUUCUUUUAUAAAAAAAUCAAAAAUAAAAGCAUGUAUUCAUACAAUUGUAAUAGAAAGACCAAAGACUUUUACUUGUCCUUUAAAAGUGUUCUUGAUAAUGACAAGUGAUAGCUAUUAUCCAAUCAAUCAUACAAUUUUUAAUGAUUUUGAUGAUGUGAAAGGAUAUAGUGAUUUACAGACAGAAAUUGAAGGAAAAUCGACAAUUUUAUGUGAAAAAGAAGAAAAUGGGAUAAAAAUAGUUGAAUUUCAGAGGGAUGAAAAAGAUUUGCAGCUGAUAUGCUGGGGGCGAUAUGAAAAUAAGGCAUCAACUAAAGCUGUAAUUGAACUGCAGCAGAAAAGAUGCUGUAAAUAUCUGUAUUUUAAAUUUAUUGAAGGGGAAAGCAGCUCACAGCUGCUAUGGCUCCAUAAUAAUGUGAGAUCAAAUAUUGAUGUAAACGGCAUCAGUAUUUUUGGGAAUUUUAUAAAUUGUUUUUAA